AAUGAAAAAGAAUAAUACGUACUCUUUCAAUUGGCAAUUGCAUUCCCUUUUGCUCUAUGGAGUCUUUAUUCCAACGCGAAUAUGUUUUCUCCGUGAAAACUGAAAGGCAUCCAUACUAAUUUGGCUGUGUGAGCAUCAACGUCAUUCAUAAAACAAUUUAAGAGCUGAAGCUCUUUUACGACGAAUUCCCAAACUCCAUAACAAUAAAAUCUUUCUCUUUCACCGUUAACAACUUCCGAUUGUCACCCUACGUGAUAUCAGUAUUGCGCACAUAGAUUUUACUACCUGUUAGGCCUCUAGAAAGAGACAGUGAACAUCAUUUCACUCAAAGAAGGGAAUUUUUUACUCUCUCUUCAGGAUCUUUUUUCAUCAUGGAUACUGCUAAGGAUGGUAACUUAGGUGCUCCACCGGCGUACGACGCAAAUGGCCAAUCUUCCAACCAAACUGGAGCUGCACAUUCAUCAGAAACACAGGCACCACAUGUAUCACAGCCUCAGGCAGCCUAUCCAGCACAACCUCAGGCUGCCUAUCCAGCACAACCUCAGGCAGCCUAUCCAGCACAACCUCAGGCAGCCUAUCCAGUACAACCUCAGGCAGCCUAUCCUAAACAACCCGAAGGAGCCUAUCCUACACAACCUGGAGCUUAUCCUGUACAACCUAACCACCCUCCUCCAUACACACUUAAUGAAACACAGAAUAUGACCACCACCACAAUUGUUGGUCAACCUACAACAAUUUUGGCACCAUUAACAUUUGGUCCAGUACCAUUGGCUAUGGUCUGUCCACAUUGCAAUGCACAAAUCGUGACAACUGUAAGUCGUGAUACAGGAGUACUUCCUUGGUUGGUCUGUUGUGGACUUUGUGCAGUUGGCUGUUGGUAUGGUUGCUGUUUGAUACCAUUUUGCAUAGAGGACUUGCAAGAUUGCAAACACACAUGUCCAAACUGUCAGAAAUGCCUUGGAGUAUAUAAACGUUUAUAGGAAUCAAUUUCUUACAUAUUUCUUACAAUGUUAGUAAAAACACUUGGUAGUAAGCACGUCGAUUGUAUUAAAUGUAAAGUUUGUAAUAUCACGUAAUUCAACUCAAAGCCAUUAUUAAUAAUCAAAAUUGUUGUAAAAGGGUACUUGGCACAAUAACUUUAAAAAAACAUAAAUGUGAUUUCUUGACAUACGAAAGCAUAUCAAACAAAAUUGUUAAAAUUGGCAAAAAAUAACAUUGUUGAAGAUUGUGA